AUGCAUCUCCUUCAAAAGGCCAUCAUGAUUACUUGCCUUGCAACAUCUGUCCUCUCGCUCCCGAAUAGCCACAAUACCGGGAAGCGAAGUUCGGGUGAAAAGAAAAUCGAACAUGUUGUUCUCCUUUCUUUUGACGGUUUGCAUCAAUCGGAUGUCGACGCGUACGUUAAAGCCAACCCAAGUUCUGCUAUUGCCACCCUUCUCAAAACAUCGGUGGAAUUCGACAAUGCCCAAACUUCGAAACCAAGUGAUUCAUUCCCCGGUUUAAUAGCACAGGUGACAGGCGGUUCUCCGAAAACUACUGGCGUUUUCUAUGACGUCUCCUACGAUAGAACCUUCUUUGAUCCUGGCUCCAAUUGCACAGGCACACCAGGUGCCGUAACUGCUUACGACGAGACCAUUGAUUUUAAUUCUACCGCUCUCGUCACCUCGAUAAAUCCGGCUAACCUUCCGAAAACACUCAAGAAUGGACAAUGUGUAGAAGUCACCCCACAUGAAUUCCUUAAAGUCAACACAAUUUUCGAAGUUGCCAAAAAGAACGGUUUCUUUACCGCUUGGACAGACAAACAUCCAGCCUAUGACAUAGUUAAUGGCCCUUCUGGACAAGGUGUCGAUGACUUGUAUACUCCGGAAAUUAACGGAAUCAAUACCGUCGAACCCGACAUACAAGUUUAUGACACACUUCAUCUUAAUGCUAUUCUUAAUUGGUUAAAAGGUGUGAGUAGCACUGGAAAAAGCAUUCCCGUUCCUGGCAUUCUUGGUGGAAAUUUCCAAGUUAUUAGUGUCUCAGAGAAAGAUUCGGCCGGUGGAUAUCUGGAUACUGUGGGCCAACAACCAUCCGAUGAAUUGAAAAAAGCCCUAGACUUUUGUUUGAACUACACC